GUGAGCGUCUAUAUGCAUGUGUCCAUAUGCGUGUGUGUAUUUUGCGCGGUACUGUUGCUACCUGUCUCUCUCCCCUUGCAGUCUCGGCACCAUGCACAAUGUCACAAAGCCCAGAAAUUCUGACCAUUGACAAUCAUAUAAAGCUGACAAGUGCGCCUGGUGCUGGAGUAAUUGAGCAACCGCGGACAAUUGUUCCUUUCCCGAACAUAUCCUUCUACAACAGCUGUCCAUUUGUCCAGAUUGAUAUAACUGCAGAUGUGUCUGAACAAUUGUGCGACCCGAAGUUGGUGCUAUUGAAGGAAUUCGCUGGAAAAAAGUAUCAGAAUGCUUCUGAACUCAUUCCACCUAGUACACAUAUGAUGGACAUUGCAACAUGGACUGGGGUGCCCCUUGAUGACUACAUAUCUGAUAACAACAGUGGUACUAUAUCCUAUAUUCUUGGAAUCACCCUGAAAUCCAAAUGCCUGUUGACCUGUAAAGCUAACUGGCCGAACGUCUCUUGGGUCUUGCCGCUAGGCACCUCACCAAGUGUCUUACAGACGUUUUCCUUUGGUGCUGCUCUGGAGCCUCAUGUCACGAUGACCAUCCGUGCAUCAGAUGCGUGCGACCAAGCUAAAUGUGACAACUGUCAAACGCUCUAUCAAAGCUGUCCUGUAUUAGGAGCAAGUGAUAAAUACUAUUGUGGUACUGCAUCAAACUACACUUGUCCAACGGCUACUAUGGUGCAGUCUACUACUACUACACGAACCAAUACAUCUGCUCAACCGACUGGCUCUAUGUUUUCCAUGUCCCUGCCCUCAAACUUUUCGCAGAAUGCGACGGACAAACCCCAAACCACAGUGGGAACCAAUGGGACCGAAUUUGAGGGUAAUCAAUCCGCAACGAGUGAGAUCUAUAACACAAGUGCAGCAGAAACAACAAACUCUAGCAACAGUAGUGAUAGUGCAUCAACGAGUCAAUACUCCGAAUCUGAACCAGGGCUGACCAAUCAAUCGCAGGAAAGCGAACAAAAUUCUACUACAACAGCAUCACAGAACACCAGUACGGGUCCCACUCCUGACGAAACUGCAACUACAACAUCCUCCACUGUCUCCACUACAGCAACCUCUCAGACUGCAACACCACCAUCGACCUCAGCCAUGGACUCCGCUGAAGCCCCAAAGCUAGCUAUAUGGCAGCAGCCAGUGUAUAUUGGUGCUGCAUCCGGUGUUCUCUUCAUCAUAGCAUGUGUGGUGGUAGUAGCUUGUUGCUGGCACUGCAGAAAGAACAGGCAAACACUCAACCUGGUGAAACGCAAGCUGCCCUCAAAUUUGUCUGUUGCCGGACUUGGCGUGAGUCGCAGAAGUGGCACAGAUAUUAACCACUACGAAACAACUCUGUGUCGCAACUCAGAAGACGGUGAGGGAUUUGAAUCACUCUCUGAACCCAAUGAGCAGUCACCGCCCGAACUAGUAGAGCCUCACAGCACUGAUGACACUGUGAACGCAGGGCAAACAGCAAGAAGUCCGCGAUCAAGAAGACUAAAAGCGCUUCACAAUAUGCCUCGGGUGAGUGAGGACACAGCCACGGCAGACUCCAGCCCGGAGCAUGAGAUAUCAGCAGAGUGCCUCAAGGCAAAGCCAUGCGCGUCAGCUGGACAGCACGCCUUGCUUCUCAGUCCACACUCGGUGUCGGCGGACUCGAACACUGACUAUGACCGCCAACAGGAUAUCUGGAUUGCAGGAAGCACGGAGAACGAAUCGUAUGGCACUGCAGAGAGCUUAAAUUCCGCUGAUACGGACAGUGAACAGGUACAGCGGCGAGUUUCCACUGUCACUGCCAGCACUUGUCUAUCAAUUUGUCCAAGCGACAAUCCUCCGCCGCCAGAGCUGCUGUCCCUCGUGGAGGAAACUCCGGAAGAUUACAUUCCACUGACUCGUCGCACAAGCAUAGCAGUUCGAGAAAAGCUCUCGGAGGCCAAUGACUACCUACAUCCGGCCGAAGUGGUGGUGAGAGUUCGUACGCCCAGUACCACAGUCCCACCUCAAGGCAUGCAAUCAAAAAAAUCCUCACUGUCUGCACCUUGUUACGAGCUAGUCACGGAAUUUCCGGCCGACACACGAAAGACACGCAAACCGUCUGCAACACCAUCGCUGACAAUGUACGACACACCAGAGGAGAUACUUCAGCACACCAAACCGCUAGAUGUUGCACGUGUCAAUUAUGAGGACGUCAUGCCAGAGCCCGAGAACCGUAAGCCACAACCGUCACGCUUCUUUGCCACCAAAUAUCAGGCAAGCGCGAAGUCCCAGCAGAGCUCAUUCAACCUUUCCAGUCCACAAUAUCCUCGCGCAUACGAAAUGGUUGAAAUAACACCGACAAUGCAACGUACCACUCAGUCACCCUCUAGUGGAACUCUUGAUGAAGUCCCCACAGCACCGCAGUCCGAGCUACACGUACAACAGAGCUAUGACGACAACGCCCCACAGUUCAUAGACCUAGGGUCGGGCAUACCAGCCAGGGUAACUACGUCAUCAACGGUAACCAGCGACGUCGUCGUCAACCCAAUUGCCUUUCUGCAAGACGGGACAUCACUAAAGAGAGAUAAUGAGUACAUCAAUGUGUCGCUCGAUGGCAAUUCACCGCCUAGAGGACGCGGAUCGGUAAAACGUCAAAGCAGCUUACCCGGUGCACAUGAGCCAAAACCCGCUGAUAAAUCCGUCUCCAAGCUCUAACAGUUCCCUCUCCCCAUGGUUGCAGUAAUGCCAGUGUGUCCUGCAAUCCUAAAAAGAGAACAGUUAUCAACUCAGCCAUGAACGUCAAAUGCACAAGUUGAGCCCUUUGCUAAACUUUAUUGCCUUUCUGGCACAAUUUGUGAAGUAUGCUUUUUCCAAAACGCCUGACACCUUUUAUUGCUCUGUUCAAGUUACCCGUACAAAUUGACAAUAGUAGUAAAAUCAGCUACAUUGUAUAUUAAACAAGAAAAUGCAUCAGUUGAGCUCCUUCCCAACUUUUUGCCUUUCCGACAGCAUCUGUGAAGCAUCUGUGAUUGCAUUACACCCAGAUCCGUGCAUUGUUCCGUGAAAUAGACCUGUUCACAUGCCAGAUCACCCACAAGAAUUUCGCCUGCACCUAACUCCAUUGCAAUGUAAUUACCGCCACGAUCGACACAGACUUUAAAAUAGGCCUUGAUCGUAUUCAAUCCCAUUUUACACUUGACGUUAUCCUCUUGCUUUCUCUCUUUGUGAGGAUGGCAUAUUACCUGUUUGUUUCCAUGCUAGGAUAAGCACAAGCCAUAACCCAACUUUGCACAUUGUAGCACCUAAUAGCGACGUGCAAGCUUCACAAAGGUUGCAGAAGCUUCUGAGAGCAU